UACAGCGACAUGAUUCUCGUGCUCUGAUUGGUUGGUUUACACGUCAAUCACUUUCACAAGAGCUCAGAAAAGUAGCUACUGCUCAACUUGUAAUGUCCACUUCCAUCGGUGUUACAACAUGACAACCGUCCUCAAGAAGCCAAACAAAGGCGUGAAACAUGCUGAAAACUAGAGACGUCCUGUGAGACAAAGGUCACCAUGGAGACAGACGAAGCACCUGGGCAGCCUAAAGACGACAGGGCGGAGACCUGCACCGUAUCCGUCAAAGGUCUGACAGAGAACUGGCAGAAAUGGUCCAACGACCACUGCGAGUAUCAGAAACACAAUCCCUUCAGCAAUGGCAAGGUGACUCCCCUGCAGAUCCAGCGUGGACAGGAGGGCUACGGCAGGCCCUUAGAGGGCUCUAAAACAGAGCAGAGAGGAAAAGACGCCAACUCUCACAUCAGCAGAGAGGUCACAGAGCUCUGCCAGGUCAUUAGAGAGAUCGGCGCGAGCGGGGACGACAGCAGGGUGUCUGUGCAGUUCGGGACGCUGUUUGAGAGAUACGUCAAUAUCUCUAAUAAACUAGUGGGAGUUCUGCUGCGAGCACGUAAGCAAGGGCUGCUGAACUUUGAAGGAGAGAUGCUGUGGCAGGGGAGAGAUGAUGGAGUGCUCAUCACCUUGUUACAGUGAUUUACAGUAGUGCUGGACACCAUGUGCCUGCCUGUCCACAAUUGCUUCAUAGAGAUCCGUUGUACUUGAACAUGGGUUAAGAGAGUCAGUUGUCGGCCAAAGAAACUUAUGCUAAUGAGUGUAUUGUAACAUUAGGAGUGUAUACAAAUAAAAGUAAACCCUUUACAGAUUCAAGUGAUAUAUUGCUCUUAUCUGUACGAUCAAAACUGAAAGUGUAAUUGAAGUUCUUUUCAGCAUUAUCAGAUUAUGCCACAAAAUGUGUAUCCACGUUAGUCGACUCCAGAGGGUUAAAUGUAGCAAACUGGUAUAUUCAGUUUUUUUUUUUAAAGUACGACAAAAUAAUGAUUUCAAACAGGAUUCAGAACGGUCUUGUCUGUCAUUGGUCAACCAGAUAGAUAGCCCUGCUCCUCUCAUACCAUUUGAUAAGUCAAUGUUGCUUUGGGGGCUGCUAAAAAACAGAGCCACAACACUUACACUU